AAGUGUGUGAUGCUGCCUAUUUAUGACGCCGCCUACAGUCCUAGUGCGCACAUCGCCUGUGCUUUCAGACUCCCGAGUCCAUAGCGCUAAAUUACUUUAUCAAAAACCUGUUGAGGUAAUCCUUGCGUGACCCUUAGAACUUUCAAUUUUGGAGGUUUCUAGUAACUGUUUGACAUUUUGUCAGUCUUUAAGGCCUGAGCAAACUGCCAAUCCGAUGUAUCGGACAUGGCUACAGUUCCUCGCGCUUCUGGGUGGAUUUGCAGUGCCAGGUGUGCUGCGAGUCGGUGGGAUGGAGGUUUUUAUGUCCAAUGAGGUGGAAGCAGUGAACGGGACAGAAGUGAGACUGAAGUGCACCUUUAAGUCCAAACACCCCGUGUCCCUCUCCUCUGUGACUGUCUCCUGGAACUUCCGUCCCUUGGCCCCGGGAGACGAGGAGUCGGUGUUUUACUACCAGGAUACGGCAUACCCCCCUACAGAGGGGCGGUUUAAGGGCCAUGUGGUGUGGUCGGGGGACAUCCUGAGACAGGACGCCUCCAUCAGCCUCCAGGACGUUCCCUUCACCUUCAACGGUACCUACACCUGCCAGGUUCGCAACCUGCCUGACGUCCACGGCAUCAAUGGAGAGGUCACCCUCAGGGUCGUCCACAAAGUCUCCGUCUCUGAGAUAGGCAUGCUGGCUGUAGCCAUCGGGGCAGCCAUCGCCAUAGUCCUGGUGGUGCUGGGCAUCUUUGUGGUGUUCAAGUACCGCAAACUCAACCGCCACGCCAACACAGACCUGGAGCUGCAGGAGAGGGAACUGCAGGAGAGAGAGUUAAAUGCCAGGGUCCUAGAGGAGAGAGAGUUAAAUGGCAGGGUCCUAGAGGAUAGAGAGCUAAAUGCCAGGGUCCUAGAGGAGAGCGAGUUAAAUGCCAGGGUCCAAGAGGAGAGAGAGCUAAAUGCCAGUGUCCAAGAGGAGAGAGAGCUAAAUGCCAGUGUCCUAGAGGAGAGAGAGCUAAAUGCCAGUGUCCUAGAGGAGAGAGAGCUAAAUGCCAGUGUCCUAGAGGAGAGAGAGCUAAAUGCCAGUGUCCUAGAGGAGAGAGAGCUAAAUGCCAGGGAGAAGAAGGAGUGGAAGGACCCUACAGUGUGUUGAGGGGUCUAGGGGGGUCCAGGGGUCAGGGGCAAAUCCCCUCCCUACCUCUGCUGGUGUGGGUGAGGUGUCCUGUUUGGAUGGACUGGUCUCUGACUAGAGGGGCUGGCCAUUCCAGGUCCACUCUGUUUGGGAGGACUGAUGAGGGGGGUUCCUGCUUUCUUCUACCGUCUGCUCACAUGAGUCGCCAUUCAGACUCAACUUGCUACUGUAGUUGAACUUAACCCAGUAUUAGUGAUCCCUUUACAUUCCACCACUUUUUCAGGCACCAUUUCAUGUUUUUUAACAAACAGCUAUGUUAUUGUAUAUUAACUAUGUAGUAUUAUGACUACUAGUAGUCUAUUUGAGUCAAUUAUUUUACUGAGUAAUAGUCCAAGAGACCAGUAUGUUGGAGGAUUUUUUUUAACCAAAAUUGCUGUUCUUUGGAACUUUUUCACUAACAUCAACUCACACUGGGACUGCUGGCCCAGCUGCCUGGCCUGGCCUGUUAUGUCUGUCUGUCUGUGCUUCUCUACAUUAACUCUUGUUAGAUAUGGCUGAAUUGGCACCAGCUGCAGUCUCUUGAUGUGGUGGCAUCCAACUCAACUAGCAGACUGGUUCAGCAACUCUUUGCUCCAGUGUGCAUCUUCUUCUUCAUCACAUUUGGGAUGGUAGCCAUUUGUACCAAAUUCGUUUACAGAAUUAUUUUACCACUUGAAUAAUCAACAUUCCUCUACAGUUGAGCUAAUGGCUCAUAUGGACAUCAUUCCAAAAAUAAUGUUUUUGACAGCAAAUUUGCGAGUGUGUUUUGUGGUUAUGGUCAAGGUCCCAUGGUGAGUUAAGUCAGUGAAACACUUUUGUUAAACCUGUGGUAUCUGGGGGUUGCUAAGGUAAGGGCAGGGGCUGGUGGAAGCCCUGUAUCUGGCAGUGGCUAAUGUUAAGGCUAAGGGCAUUGGGCAGUAAGGCUUUUGGAAGCUUUCCUGGGCCAGGAGUUUUCAGUGACUAUCUGCCAUUUAGUUUUUCUGGCCAACGCUCUCCUGCUUCCUGCAAAAUGACAACUUAAAUGACUGCCUAUUACUUCUGGAUAUAAAAGGAACUGUGAUACAUCUUUGAAUGUAGAUGAAGAACCCCACCAUUCCAUAAAGAAGCCUGUUUACCAUGAAGAAGCCUGUUUACCAUGAAGAAGCCUGUUUACCAUGAAGGAGCCUGUUUUCCAUAAAGGAGCCUGUUUUCCAUAAAGGAGCCUGUUUUCCAUAAAGGAGCCUGUUUUCCAUAAAGGAGCCUGUUUUCCAUAAAGGAGCCUGUUUUCCAUAAAGGAGCCUGUUUUCCAUGGGUCUGUCAUUUUUGUGAACUGAUGUUGCCACCAUGUGUCCAUUAUAGGAAGCAGCUCCAUCUUUCUCCCUCUGUGUCCACACUGAGGAUCAUGGGUGUUGUGGUCUCAAAGGUUUCUCCCUCUCUCAUAUUCUGCCUCUCCUGUUGUAUUACAAAGCUGCCCAUGAGCCACAUGAACAGAGGAGUCUAUCCAAGACACUGCCAACACCCCAGUCUGCCGCUCACUCCUAUAGUGUACAUGAGUAUGACUUUCCGUUUAGGAGAAACAUGACGAUGUCACUGACCCAAUCAUGAGGACAUCGUCAGUCCAUUCUAGCAGGAGACUCUACAAGGUGCUGGAUCUGUUCACCUGCUUGUGCAGUUAUCCAAUCUGAUGUGUUAUGUCUCACCUGAUCAAUAGCUGCCGCCAGCCAGCCCCAUUACCCUCCCAUGGGACUGGAAACAGUAUUCUCCUGGUAAAGAAUUCCAUGAAUGAUUCUAUUGAUUUAUUUCAUGUAUGUGUUUGUAAAGAUCAAAACUGUAUAUUUUAUCACACGUUUUAUAAGGUUGAGAGAUUUAUUUUAGUGUGUGUUUUUCAAUAAAGGAAUGCUUGUUUUGAUGGUUUUAACUCAA